GAAUAAUUUACUAGCACUGAUGUAUCGUUUGCAAUCCCUAAAUAUUUAUACGGAGAAAGUCAGACAUGUAUCACCUUAAAUAUUAUUAGUUGUUGGAUUUGGAGUUGCGGUUCACUUGUAGCAGCUCAUCUCUUACCAUGUUCAAAAGUUAUUUCUUGUGAACCUGGCAGGGUCACAGAGAACUGGGGCAAGAGUUCUUGAAGAAGCUAAAACCAUCAAUAAGUCCCUUCCAGCUCCGACUUGCUGUUCAUCGGGCAAAGCAAACCAUAUUCCAAGCUCACUCCAAUCUUGCAAGAUGCUCUUUUUAGUUCUCUACCUCCUAAUUUCAUCUCUCUGUAUUGUCAUCAAAACAGUUUGAUGAUCGUUGGUUUUCAUAUAGAUUUUGCCAGGGGGAGAUUGCUUUGUUGUUGCUCACCAAGUCCUUCAAAUGCAUCAGAAAGCCUGUCCACUCUUUGUUUUGGUGUAAGGUUCAUGAGAUAUCAAAUGCAGAUGGAUGCAAUGGAUCUGCCAUUUCUAAAUGCUUAUCUGGAUUCAAUUGGCACUCCAAGUUUCCGCAAAGGGUGCAAUUUUGCAGCUGCAGGAUCAACAAUACAACCAGCUACUGCACAAUCUGUCAGUCCAUUUUCUUUUGGAAUUCAAGUGGCUCAGUUUGUAAGGUUCAAAGCUCGCGUUCUCGAAUUGCUAGCAAAAGGUAAAAAACUUGAAAAGUACCUUCCAACAGAAGAUUAUUUUCAGAAGGGACUCUACAUGUUCGAUAUAGGCCAGAACGAUCUUGCUGGUGCCUUUUAUUCUAAAACUUUUGAUCAAAUACUUGCCUUAAUUCCUUCAGCCUUGACAGAAUUUGAAAAUGGAAUCAAGAUACUAUAUGAUCAAGGAGCUAGGAAUUUUUGGAUACAUAACACAGGACCUCUUGGAUGCUUGGCUCAAAAUGUAGCCAAAUUUGGAACUGAUCCAUCUAGCCUUGAUGAGCUAGGAUGUGUCAGCAAGCAUAACCAAGCUACUAAAGUCUUCAAUCUGCAGCUUCAUGCACUUUCUAAAAAAUUGCAGGGCCAAUAUACAGAUUCGAAUUUUACAUAUGUUGAUAUCUACACGAUAAAAUCUAACCUUAUAGCAAAUUAUUCUAAAUUCGGAUUUGAGCAGCCUAUAAUGGCUUGCUGUGGAUAUGGAGGUCCGCCUUUGAAUUAUGACAGCCGGAUUUCUUGUGGGAAAACAAAAGUCCUGAAUGGAACCUCAGUGACAGCCAAAGCAUGCGAUGAUAGUUCUGAAUAUGUUAAUUGGGAUGGAAUUCAUUACUCGGAGGCUGCAAAUCAGUAUGUUUCAUCACAACUACUAACUGGAAAGUACUCUGAUCCACCCUUUUCAGACAAAAUGCCAUUCCUUCUCAAUAUCAAGUUCUGAAGGCCUAAUUUACUCAUUGCUGCGACUCUUUUUAUUGACUUCUAGCAGUCAUUGCAAGUGUUAUUCAUCAGAACCUACUGUAAAUAAUUAUAAUUUGUGACUGGAAGUAAGUUUUCCAGACAUUGCACGCUGCCGUUUAAUUACUGUAUUGACACAAAGGUAAAUUAUAUUGUGUAAAGUGUCCGUAUAUGCGUGGCAUAGGCAGUAAAUUGUAGCUACAUUCUCAAACUGGAAUAAUUACUGCUUGAUUUGAUUUGUGGCCAUUUACAUUCUAAUUAUGCCGAUUAUAGAAGUAGAUCAUGUGCUAUAAUACAGCUUUGUGUGGUGCCAAGCAA